AUGUGGGGGGGGUGGGGGGGGUGGGCGGGGGGGGGUGGAGGGGUGCGAAAAGGCGGGGGGGGGAGGUGGGGGGUGGGGGGUGUGGAGGGUAUUUGCGGGGGUGGGCGAGGGGGUGGGGUGGUGAGGGGGGGGGUAGGAGAGGUGCGGGGGGGGGUGGGGGGGGAAGGGGGGGGGGGGGAGUGGUUGGGUGGGGGGGGGGGGGGGUGGGGGGGGGGUGGGUGGGGGUGGUCAGGACAGCGAUGUGGGGGUAGGGGGAGGGGGGAGGGGGGGGGUGGGGGGGGGGAGGGGGGGGGGGGGGGGGGGGCUGGGGGGGGCUGGGGGGUGGGCGGGGGGGGGCUGGUUGGGGGGGUUGGGGGUUGCGGGGGGUGUGUGGUGAGGGGGUGGGGGGAAGGGGAGGUGGGGGGUGGUGAUGUGGGUGCGGGGGGGGGGGAGAGGGGGGGGGGUGGCGGACGGAGAGACAGGCUGGGGGGCUGUGGGGGGGUGGGUGGGGGGAGGGGGGUGUGA